AUGGAAGUGGUGGUCCACAAAAUGUUGGCACAUUGGCUUGUCGCAUCAUGCUUAUUGCUGUUUGCUCCGCUUUUAAUCGAUGCAAAUGAAGGCGUUGGCGAGGGACUCCUUGAGGAGGAGCUAAAAUCCUACCCGGUCGUAGGUAUCCAGUCAGCCGAUGAACGAUAUCAUGAUAGUACAUCUCCUGACAGUAAUGCUGGACCAGAUGGCUCGGAGCACCCUGAAGAUUGCGUGUACAUCAAUGCAGAUGGUUCAUUGUCAUUUCACUGUCCAGCGUCCGUGUGUGGUACCAACUUUUACUUUGGCAGAGAACAGUACUCGCCGGCCGUAGGGAAAGAAGGGCCUGCGACUGCCAACAAAGCCCCUGAUGGAGGUUGCGCAGUGCAUUCUCCUCACACGCGGGGUGUGUUGUAUGCACGCCCCGCUUAUGUGGGACCUUCCAAACCAGCAGAAGAUGCGCAUCUUAGGGAUAUUGUACAGACUGUUGACAUGACGUGGCUAGGUACGGACAAAAAGUCGCACCCAUUAGCAUUUAUGAAAAACUCCACUUGCGGUGGGCUUUACUUUUCACCUUCCCAGCCGUCAGUUGCAGCUCCUGAUCUUGCCUGUUCUCUUUCGAAUUUAGACACUAAUUCACUAUAUAUUAAAAGACUCAAUUCUCACCGGUUUGGUCUGGGUCCGGGGCUAAAACUUGCCGUGAGUAUAAGCAGUGCCUUAGCGCUAAAGGCGCGGGACAGGAACUGGAGACGUGAGCUGAUACGCUCUCCCAGCUUGCGCUUAUUUCUUUUCUUCGCCCGAACCUUCGGGAAAUUGAAGCCUAAUAUCCUGAAGACGAAUCCUGGAUUAGUAAUUAACGACAUUCUGCUGAAGCACAAGCACUUGUACUACCCUCUUACAGAACUUUUUUUGUACGUCAAGGUAUGUGAGACAGUACAGACAUAUCCAGAGCGACUCUUGCAAGGUUUUCCCGGACAUGUUCAUCCCGACCACCCAUCUUAUAUUCAGCUCCCCAUAUAUUCAUACUUCAGGAAAAUGGGGGCGGAAGUUGCUUUUCCGAAGAAGGCCCCAACUAUAUUUCAGCCACGCGUGUACGACGGCAACGUCCCAGUGGACCGCAAGCCGCCUUCCCCUAAGUUUGACAUUUUCGCUCGCGUUUCGGAGCUGGUCCAUGGUUUCAAGGGUGGGCCAAAUCAUAAUUUGUUUGAUUCGAGCUUCAACUAUCCCAACUUUGGGACAGAUUCAGGGAAACCACAAGCGGACAAAAGCGGAGGGAAGGGACAGAAUACACCAAAAGAAGACGAACCAGUUUUGGCGCAGGAUGCGAGCGCUUCAGCUUUCGAUAAUACUGCUGGCAGAGAAAAAGGGAAAUGGAGACAACAGAUUUAUAAAGCUUGGCAUGCCUUAUGGAUAAUGAAUAUAAUUGCGUACGAAGCGAGCGACAUAUGGGAUUGGGUGCAAAAUCACAAAGCAAGCACUUUCAUGUUUCCUCCGUGGAAGGUCACCAACAUAGGAGUACUUCGGACGGCGGAAGCUGUUCCCAUGAGGUGGCGUGACCUCUCUCCUCGAUUUUAUGUGAAGCCCUUUGUUGAGCUAGAGCCAGCUUCACUCCUUCGACAUCGACAGAAUUUUGUCGCUGAAAACAAGGGCCACAAAAGUGCAUCAGAACAGUCGGCAUUGGCGACUGAAGCUGAGAAUACUGCUUCACUUCAAGAACGUUACCAAGAAAUUGGCGUCGCUUCCGUUCCAGAGGCUCGCAAUGGUGUAAAAAACAGUGUGCACCAUGCUAGAGCUCCUGUAGAAGUGGAUUCUUCUGCAUCUGCCGAGAAUGGUGGUCGGAAUGCCGAUAGUAUCGCAGCAAAUACUUCACGAGUGAAGCUAACGGACAACUUAGAGGAAGUGGCUGCGGCCACUCAAUUUGCGGAGGUGCCAAGCAAAGAAGCUUUUAUUAAUGACAUAGAACCAGUGCAGGAAACGGGUUCGCGAGCGCAACUCGCGACUAGCGCCAAAACUGGCAGUUCUAGCUCUUUGGAGGCUCCUGACGGUUGCAUUCCAUUCAUAACAGAUAUGUCACUAUUCGGCAAGUUCGGCUGGCCGGCUGGCCGGCUGAUUUCUACAGGACCGUCGGGCAGUAAAAUGCUGAAUGAGGUUAAAAACGUAGCAGGUAUAGGGAUUGAUGGCUCUUGGAGACCGAAGGUUAUUGGCUCUGAGGUGAAGUGCCCUCCAGUUGUGCAACCUGAUACGUGUGGUCUCACUGCAUCCUAUAGUCGCGUUCACAAUUCUCCUUGGGUGUGGCGGUUUGAGAGGGAUGGCAAAACAACGCCGUUAGACGGGGACAACCUGGACUACGCUGACAUUGUGUGGAUCUUCCGUGGCACUUUUGUGAGCAAGCAGUGGCUUCUGAACGGCAUGGGGCUGGCAGUGCCGUACAGAAUUUUGUCAAAGCGCGGGCGUCUCCACUAUGGACUUACUUAUUUAUUUGAUAAAGCAGUUCGCCCCCUCGUGGAGCAAGAGUUAAAUCGCCUUGAAGAGAGAAUUGUUGGCGGGGAGACCCCGGUGGUGAUUGUUUUCUCUGGGCAUUCGCUUGGUGCGGUCAUGGCUCAGCUGAGCGCCUGGUACCUUGCAAAACGAGCCAAAACACUUGUGGACAAGAAAUUACUGCAAAUCCGCACAGUAGCCUUUGGAUGCCCGUCGUGGGGAGAUAAACUUGCCUACGAAGACAUGGCGGCGUCAGGAGUGAAGGCCCAAGAAAUAAAUAUCGAUAUUGAUCCAGUUGGCGUACUCUUUGGUGAGACUGAGCUGACGAAGUUGUCACACAGAAAACCUUUCUUGAUGAAGUUGUACAUUGAGGAUAUGGACAAAGUGGAGGUUGCAUCCACAGUUCCAGGCGCUCCCCCAUUCAGUGGAAGGAUUUGGACACGGCCUUCCUACCGACCAACGCCGAUCUUCAUGCGCUUGGCUGCAAUGUUCCUCGACCUGGAAAGCGUUGACGUGGCCUUGCUUAACCCCAUGCUUUCUCAUUUUGUGGCAUACACAGCUAUGCUGACAAUCAUGGCAGGAUUGCUUGAGGAAGCCUCAUUCGGCUCAGGUGCUGCCGCCCCACUUGCUGAAACUGUUUUUCACUUAGUUGGGCAUCCUCGGAACUCUGUUUUGAAGAAGGCGCACGAGAAACUUGAUUCCGUGCUUCGGCGGGUCGAGGCAGAUCGUGCCGCGGAACAGCAUCCACAGGUCUGA